AUGCGCGGCGGCGUAACCAGUGACAAGACGGAGGCGCUGGGGCGGCACACAGAAUCUGCGCGUCGAAUGCGGCGGGAGUACAAGACGGACAAGACUUCUACCGAUGUCAACCACGCUGUCAUCGUGAUGGAUUUUCCCCAGAACUUGACACUUCCGAGCGUGUCCAACACCCUCUCACAGUGGUACUUUUGUUCGCUGGUCUCUGUGAGCGGCUUCGGUAUCUUUUACGAGAACGAAGGAAUCCAAACCAACUAUCUGUACAACGAGACUUCGAACGGUAAAGGGAGCGACCAGAUUAACUCCAUGCUGGCUCAUUUCAUCAGCACCAAGAUCAUACCGGCGGGGAAGACUCGGCUGACCGUGUACGCCGACAACUGCUCAGGGCAGAACAAAAACAGCUACGUGAUCAAGUUUCUAUUGGCGCAAGUACACAUGGGAGCUCUACAGUACGUGGACUACAAGUUCUUCGUCAAAGGGCACACGAAGAACUCCUGUGACCGUGGUUUCGGCCACAUCCGCAAGCACGUGGCCAAAGUGGAUUGUUGGACGAUGGACCAUCUCGUAGAGGGUGUUAGUUCGGCGUCCAAGAGCUCAAUCACGAAGUUCCAGAUUUUCACGAUGGACGCAUCGCAGCCGGGCGUCGUUGUCUGCAAGAAAGGCCCCGAGAGCGAACCUGUAGAGAUUAGUUUGAGCCGUCAAAUUGACGGGAUCUUCACCACGAAGGGGAAGGUGCAGCGGAUGAUGACGGACCAUAUCGAGACGCUGUCCCCUCCUGUCCGCAACACCGAGAAAAUUGCGCAGAUGUACCACAACAUCAGGCCCUACGUUCCUGCUGAAUUUCAGAGCGAUCCCCUCUACGCCAAGCCUAGCGAGCAGGAAGGAGAAGAUGCCAAGUCACGGAAACAAGCACGACGUGAGCAUCGCGCGGCAAUGGCCGUAGCGGCUAAGGCUAACCAAGACCAGCGUGGUAUCACGGAGGCUGUUGCGACGAAAAAGAACCCAGCAAAGAAGAGGGCUACUGCAGCAAAGAAGACGCAAAAGAACAGAAGCACAAAGCUACUGCGGAUCUGCCUGCUGAGCAAGAAUAGGCAGCCCAAGAUGCAUCUACCUCUGUCACGUGAUGAAUGGGAUUACGUUGCAUCUUUCCAUAACGCUGCUUACGUGGGCGACGAUAGGACCACCGACUCGCUCAAGCGGAAGUUCGCCAAACUCCACCGCAAGCGCAUCCCGACGGGCGACCCGAGGAUUCCUGCGAACGUCUUGCAGGUGAAGCGCAUUCGCCUGGAGAUGACUCUCAAGGCAACCGUCAACUCCCCCACCACGGUGGACGGCAAUGAUGACAACGCUAUCACUAGUGCGGACACGAUGUGGCAGCUGCUUAGCGAGAUGGAAACGCUGAGGGCUCAGCUGAACGCUCAGAAGGGUCCACAGGCCGGCAGCGCGCAGACGAACAGCGCCUACGUUGGGAGCAGGAACGCCACGAAGAACGCGCUCGCCGAGAAGAAGAACGAGCGCGACGUGAGGAAGACCGAGAAGCGGAGCGUCCUCAGCGUCAGGAAGAUCGAGAAGAGGACCGCCGACGCCACCAAGAACUACUGA